AUUUGAAGAGCAGAGAUGGCGGGGAAACUGAGAGUGGAGGAUAUGAAAGGUCUCUUACUGCGACUUGAUGGUUUUAACCGGUCACUUGAUUCUAUGGUGAUGUCUCUUGAGCAGAGCUCAGAACAUGUAAAGAAAUCGCUUCAGAGUCAGACUUACCUCAAUCAGAGUAUCCAACCUCUCCACACAGCCUUUAUGCCUCCUGAAGACCUGGCACUCACCCCCACCCUCUCCCGGGAUGCACCUGUUAUGAAAUGAAAUGCAUUUUUGUUUUUAUUUUUUGUAUCUCUCUUCAGAAGAGAAUCUGUCUUUGUGCCCUGCAUGUAAUAAUGCUGCCGGUUCAAUAAAUUCAAUUUUGUUUCAGUUACUGGCUUCAAGUGUUCUUGAGAACCACAGUCUAGUUCUGAUGGUGAUGGCCUGCUUUUUCGCGGUGCUAUCACAGGAUGUAUCUUGAAACCCCACACAGGAACAGGUAGUGUCAAUACUGUGUUAAUUUUUUAAAACUUUAUUGGACAUAAUACAACAAGAACAGCAGGUACAGAAAUCACAGUACACUCUGUAUAUGUUACAAUGGGCAGGGAGAAAACUAGAUAUGAAGAGGCAGGGCUGGGGGAGGUGUGGUUUUCUACUCAUGUCUCAUGAAGCUUGCACAGAAUUGCAAUUGUGUGUUAACUCACCUGAAUGCCGCUGACUCGUCUCUGUAAGACUCCUGUCAGAAUGGAUAGAGACUCUAGUGGUUCUCUGUAUUUCUCUGUACUGUAUGCUCUGGUAACAGCACUGUACACGACAGCUGUGAUACUGAAAGUGGCGAGAGGGGAGUUGAAGCUGGGGCUGUGGUGUGUCUGGAGCCUGUUCUUGGUCUUCAUUGGGGAGCCUCUUUGUUUCAUCAAACUGCCUGGCUACUCUGGUUUGCUCCUACUCUCUGUGGGUUUCCUUAUCUCCAAUUCCAGACUGUGCAAGUCUAUGGAGCUAUUAUCAGUAGGCAACAGGGCAAUACUGAUUACAGGCUGUGACUCUGGGUUUGGUCAUGCCCUGGCAAAACACUUGGACAGGCUGGGCUUCACUGUGUUCGCUGGGGUUCUGAACGAGCAGGGCCCAGGUUCUGUGGAGCUCAAGAGGAGUGGAUCGGAAAGACUUUUAGUCCUCCAGUUGGAUGUGACUGACAUGGUACAAAUUGAGCAAGCCUACCUGAAAAUUAAAGCACUUACCAAAGAAACAGGGCUCUGGGGUGUUGUAAACAAUGCAGGAAUCCUAGGUUUCAUCGCCGAUGGAGAGAUUCUGCCCAUGAGUCUUUUCAAGAACUGCAUGGCGGUCAACUUCUUUGCAGCAGUGGAACUGUCACAGACAUUUCUACCAUUGCUACGCCAGGCCAAGGGCAGACUGGUCAACAUUUCCAGCAUGGCAGGUCAAGUUCCUAUCCCUAGGUUUGCAGCUUACGCUGCUUCAAAAGCUGCACUUAGUAUUUUUUCUGCAGUGAUGAGACUGGAACUUUCCAAGUGGGGCGUCAAAGUUGUCACAGUCCAACCUAGUGCCUUCAAAACAAGUAUCUACGGCACACAAGAGCAAUGGAACUACCACCAGGAACAAAUCCUCUCCCAGCUGCGUCCUAAUGUAAAAGAAGACUACAGUGAGGAGUACAUCUUAACUUUACAGAACAACCUCCCCAAGAUGAGUGCUGUCUCCUCAGAGAAUCUCCAGCCAGUGCUUGAUGACAUCCUCCAUGCCCUAAUGGCACCUAACCCAGAACAUCUUUACAGCCCGGGCAGGUCAGCCUGGUUCAUCCCCUUCAUUCACAGCUUGUUACCAGUGCGUCUCUGGGACAUUGUCAUCUGCUCAAUGUUUGAGUCUCACAAGCACCUCCCAGGAGGCAUCCAGGGUAAACCACAGGAGAAACAUAACAGGACCUAGUAGGUGUACAGCCAAGGAGAUGCCAGGACAUUAUGCAGCUCUUGUUUUACACAUAAACUAAAACUCAAUGUACCUGUAAGCUGUGAAGUGUUUACCUCAGUGUCAAUGUAACCCAUAGGCAACUAUAACUCUAAUUAGCCUUACAAACGUUUACCAUAGUAAAAGCAUACCAAAGGGCAAUAAAGCACAGUGAAAGCUUGGUAAAGCAUAGGUAAGCAUUGU